GCCCAUUCCCCCAACCCGGCUGCUACUUCCUCUGUUGCUUCUUCUGGCUUUUUCUCUCCCAUUUCAGAUUCUUGCACCUGCACGGGGAGGCAGCAAAAUGUGGCACAAAACAGCCUACAGUGGAAGAGCCCAUGACUAGCGAGGUGGGGCGAGGGGUCUGUUUGCACGUGGUGCGAUGGUGGGGAGAAGGCACAUGGUGGUAGCUUGAAGGGCGUGCAGACCCUGCUGGGACAUGGAGGGACACUGCUGCCUGUCCCCACCCCUCCCAAGUCUGCCAGGUGCCAUACAGAGACCACCUGUGCCAUACAGGUGCCACCAGGUGCCAUACAGAGACCACUUGAGGCAUGCAGGUUGGCCGCUCUGGUAUACAAGGCAGGUCACAGAAGAAUGGGGGACUAUCGGGAUGGCUUGAAAGAGCUCAGUCUGCUGGAAACCAUGUCUCACUACACAGAUGAACCCAGAUUUACCAUAGAGCAGAUAGACCUGCUUCAGCGCCUGAGACGUACGGGAAUGACCAGACAUGAAAUCCUCCAUGCCUUGGAAACUUUGGACCGUCUUGAUCAGGAGCAUAGUGACAAGUUUGGAAGAAGGUCUGGCUACGGCGGCGGUUCUUACGGCAACAGUACCAACAACGUCCCAGCAUCUUCUUCGACAGCCACAGCUUCCACACAGACCCAGCACUCUGGGAUGUCCCCAUCACCCAGCAACAGUUACGACACCUCCCCACAGCCUUGCACUACUAAUCAGAACGGGAGGGAGAGUAACGAGAGGUUGUCGGCAUUCAACGGGAAGAUGUCUCCCACUCGCUAUCCGCUUGCGAACAGCUUGGCUCAAAGGUCGUACAGUUUCGAAGCAUCGGAA